ACACAGGUCGCCGUCCGAAAAAACUUGAUGCUUUCUUCUUUCUGCUUUUUCUCCCUUUCUCGGCUCUGCUCGUCCACAGCUCUGCGUCCUCAGAGGGGAGCCACCUUGUCUCCAGCGGGUUUCGUUCUCAGCCCCGGAACGCCGUCGUUCAUUUGCCACUUGUUCCGCUCUUCUGAGUCUUUCCUUUCUACCUUGCUCGCAUUUGUGUGGCUUCUCCCCCAGUUUUCCGGCGUCUUGUGGCUCCUCCCUUCUGGGACGCCUCCCAGGCCUCCUUUCGAACUCGACAAAUCCACCUGUGCCAGCACAGCUGUCCGUCCACCCAUGUGCAGAAACACCCAGAGUGCAGUUUGCGUCUGAACAGCUGUCGACUCGAGGCUAAGCCUUCUGCAGGUGGAGUACGCAGAGUAAACAAAAAACUGCUGUUAAACUCGAAAGUCAAACGUAUUUACGUCGUCACUGUGGACGUUUCGAUGAGAAACUCGCCAAGUGCACGAACCGUUUUAGAGGGGAAAUUUUCUUCGCUGCCGCAAGAAAAACUACAGACCAGGACUCGGGUGCAUCUGUUUCUCGUGUGUACUAUCUCAGGGAGGUGACAGACGGGGAGAUGAGGGCUUGUCCCCUUGUUCCUUCCCUUCCACUUCGUUUUCCUUCCGCGUCUGUCGCCUUGCUCUCUCCGUGAGAAGCAGGUGCUCUUUCUUCUUCUUCUUCCCCUCUGUGUGACGACUGAACCAUGUCGCUGUUUGGGGUGAAGCCACAGACUCAGCCGUCGUCGACGGGAUUCCUCAGCUCUUCCUCGGGGACGGCCGGGAGUCUGUUUUCUUCCGCGUCGUCUGCCCAGGCACCUGCGUCUUCUGCAUCUGUCGGCCUCUUCUCGUCUUCUUCCUCGCUAGCCGCUGCCUCCGCGCUGUCCUCUUCGCCCUCCUCUUCGCUCUCCUCUCUCCCGCUUCACCAGCAGCAGUACGUAGAGGCCAUUAGUCGCCGCACUCAGCAGACAGAGACGCUCUUGUCUGACCAGAACCGGUCGAUGGUGAACUUCUUGUACCAGUUCGACCCGGCGCAUGCAGCGACGCACAAGAACGCGCUGUUGGAGAACCAGCUGCAGUCCUUUGCGGUGCAGAAUCCAGUCGAGGGCGCCGCCCUCCUUGCCAAGUGGCGAAAGGCUUCGUCGAGGAGCGCCGAUCCGCAGAACUGCCUCAUCGUCCCCGUUCAAGGCGUCCAGGAGCUUUCGGCCCGAGUCACGAUGGUUGCACAGGCCACAGAGCUCCUUGCGGAGACUCUCGGAACUGUCGCGAAAGACACGGAGAGACUGAUGGCGAGAAACCAGCAAAUGCGAGAAAAGUUGGACCUCAUUCGGCAGCGACACACCUCCCUCGGCCACGAAUUCAUCAAAGUGGUGAAUUUGAUCGAAAAUGUGGCUGUGAGCCGAGGCGUGGCGGAGAAGAACCCUCGCAGCGAGGCGGCCAAUGCACAGAUCCUUGCGUCCCUCGAGGAGGAGUUUCCCUGGGAAGAGUGGCAGCGACGAAUCGAUCUGCUGCGCGUGUGGCUUCCGACGCUGCAACGCACGAGUGCGACCGCUACAGGCUUUCCAGCCCCGUCGGCCGACGAGAGGUCAAAGCCGGUUUUAGACAAAGAGCAAGAAGAAAGUCUUGUCGAUGUCCUUUCUGCCCAAACGGAGGCCGUGGAGGCCACAACGCAGAGUCUGGCGAACACCGAACAAGAUGUCGAGCGCCUGGAGAGCGCAGUGAGCCGCCGCAGAAAAGGAGUGCGGUAAACCGAGGGGAGAGAGUCGUUUGUCGGGGAUCUCUCAAAAGAACUGCGCUGAGCAAGCAAAAAGGGACGACGUCUGGCGAAGCGAGACAGAGUUAUCGAGAACGAUGGCCGCGGGAGAAGAAGCGGGGACUAGCGCGAGCCUGUAGGACGCACGCCAGGCCACGGAGACACGACGUGAAAGCCGUGGGGAAGGAGAGAAAAAACGAAAAAGCAAAAGACAGAACCUGUUCGAGGCGCGACACUGCGGGAGUCGCGCACAGAAAUCAAGAAUCUUUAAGAUACAUCCACUCUCGACUUCGUUCUCGAAUCGGAGACCGAGAUGUGGCGCGGUGUGUGAUUGACUGCUUGCAUUUCUGCAUCGGAGUCCAGUAUUCUCCCAUGUGGGCUCUUCUCGCCAGUUUGUUUCCCUUGGCAUUCGAAGACCGUUAAAGCUCUUCUACGCAA